AUGGUACAAAGAACAGGUCUGCAUAGUAUUUUAAAAGGGUUACUGAGUGCGAGAAAACACAGCCCAGUCCUGAAUAGAAAUGGUUUGCCUUCACCAGCAUGGACUUUUACAGAUGUGAAAUUCCCAUGGCGAAUAAAUUCACGAUCAUGUUUUCAUCCUGGGGCCUCAACCUUUGCUCCAAAUGAGUUGAAAGGAGUGAAAGAUGAACCACAUGCGAAAGAUAUAAUUAAGUCCAUGUUUUCAUACCUGUGGCCAAAAGAUAAACCUGAAAUUAAAGCAAGAGUGAUGUUAGCACUUGGUCUUCUUGUUGGAUCAAAGGUUAUUAAUGUUCAAGUCCCAUUUAUAUUCAAAUAUGCCGUAGAUUACCUCAAUCAUCCGGAAAACUGGUUAAAUCUGGACAAUCCUGCUAAUACAAUAAUGACCACAGCUACAGCAAUUCUGAUUGGUUAUGGCGUUGGAAGAGCUUCAGCCUCAGGUUUCCAUGAGUUACGGAAUGCUGUGUUUGCGAAAGUAGCCCAGAACUCUAUACGAAGGGUGGCUAGAAACGUAUUCUUACAUCUCCAUAACCUUGAUCUCAGUUUCCAUCUCUCCAGGCAGACUGGUGCUCUUUCCAAAGCCAUUGACCGUGGAACAAGAGGAAUAAAUUUUGUAUUGACAGCACUUGUGUUUAAUGUGGUUCCAACAAUAUUAGAAGUGUCACUUGUAACUGGUAUUCUGUGGUAUAAGUGUGGACCAGAAUUUGCGCUGGUUACCUUGCUUUGUAUUGCCUCAUAUUCCACAUUCACUCUGGCUAUAACACAGUGGAGGACAAAGUUUCGUGUACAAAUGAAUAAAGCUGAUAAUGAGGCAGGAAACAAAGCUAUAGAUUCCCUCAUUAAUUAUGAAACUGUCAAGUAUUUCAACAACGAACAAUUUGAAGCAGAGAGAUAUGAUAAAUAUUUAGCCACCUAUGAAAGUGCCUCAUUGAAGACAACAACUAGUCUGGCAUUAUUGAACUGGGGUCAGAAUGCUAUAUUUAGUGUAGGUCUCACAGCAAUCAUGGUGUUAGCUGGUCAACAUAUCAUGGCAGGUACAAUGAGUAUUGGAGACCUGGUCAUGGUGAACGGUCUUCUGUUUCAACUAUCAUUACCCCUCAACUUUCUUGGUUCUGUAUAUAGGGAAGUUCGCCAGUCUCUCAUUGAUAUGAACGCAAUGUUUAACCUUCUCAGCAUUACACCUAAAGUCAUGGCAGACCCAAAAGCACCAGAGUUGAAUAUAGUUGGGCACGAGGCAGCAGUUACUUUUGAUAAUGUUACAUUUGGUUAUUUACCUGAACAGAAAAUACUCAAUGGGCUAUCUUUCUCUGUACCAGCUGGGAAAAAAGUUGCCAUCGUUGGAGGUAGUGGUUCAGGGAAGUCUACAAUUGUUAGGUUGUUAUUUCGUUUCUUUGACCCUGAUUCUGGAAACAUCACAAUAAAUGACCAGGAUACAAAACUUGUUAAUCUGGACAGUAUGAGGCGUUCUAUAGGAGUUGUGCCACAGGACUGUGUAUUAUUCCAUGAUACAGUGUUUAACAAUAUUCUGUAUGGAGAUCGUAGUAAAUCAGAAGAAGAUGUUUAUAAUGCUGCCAGAAUGGCUGAAAUCCAUCAUACUAUCAUGAAUAGAUUCCCCAAAAAAUAUGAAACAGAAGUUGGAGAAAGAGGAUUGAAACUCUCAGGUGGUGAGAAACAGAGGGUGGCUAUAGCACGAGCUAUAAUGAAGGAUCCACCUAUAUUUGUGUAUGACGAGGCAACAUCAUCUCUAGAUACCAUUACUGAACAGAACAUUUUACGUGCAUUACGCAGUGUAACUAAAGGUAGAACUACAAUAGUAAUUGCACAUAGACUGUCGACAGUGGUAGAUGCUGAUGAGAUACUAGUGCUGGAACAGGGCCAUGUCGCUGAACGUGGCAACCAUUUUGAACUUAUGAAUAAAUCAAACAGUUUGUACAAAGAGUUAUGGGAGAAACAAAGUUCAGCCCACUUGCAAGCAGAGCUUGACCUUGCUGAAGAGAUUAAAUCAUAGU